AUGGCCCGGGCCGGCCGCGAGCGGCAGUAUGAGAGUCGGUGCCGCCCCUCGCGGUCCGUGGACGCGUGGCGAUCCGAGGCGGCCGCUCCUGGGCUCUGCAUGGGGACGCCGGGAGUCAGGCGACGCGCACCGCGCGGAGGCUGGCGAUUACCCCGGAGCUCCUCUGCGCUGGCUGCAGCCGGGCUGCUGUGCACCGCGUUGACCGCCUGCAUCUGCUGGGGACAGCUGCCGCCGAUGCCCUGGGCGUCCCCAGCCCCGCCGCGCCCGGUGGGCGUGCUGCUCUGGUGGGAACCCUUUAGGGGGCGCGGCGGCCACCCCAGGCCUCCCCCUGAUUGCAGCCUGCGCUUCAACAUCAGCGGCUGCCGCUUGCUCACCGACCGCGCGGCCUACGGGGAAGCUCAGGCAGUGCUUUUCCACCACCGCGACCUGGUGAAGGGACCUCCCGACUGGCCCCCGCCCUGGGGCGCCCAAGUGCGCACGGACGAGGCUCUAGAGCUACAUGUGUUCGACGACCAGGAGGGAGCGGCGAUGCUAGCAGGCGAAGCCCAGGAGACCACAGGCUCUAGACCUCCGGGUCAGCGCUGGGUGUGGAUGAACUUUGAGUCGCCUUCUCACUCCCCUGGGCUGCGGGGCUUGGCUAAGAACCUUUUCAAUUGGACGCUGUCCUACCGUGCCGACUCGGAUGUCUUCGUGCCCUAUGGCUUCCUCUACCCCAGGAGCCAUCCAGCUGACCAGCCGCCAGGCCUGGGUCCCCCGCUGGCCCGCAAGCGGGGCCUGGUAGCCUGGGUUGUGAGCCACUGGGAUGAGCGCCAGGCCCGGGUCCGUUACUACCACCAGCUGAGCCGGCACGUGUCUGUGGAUGUGUUUGGUCGGGCGGGACCCGGGCAACCAGUGCCUGCCAGCGGGCUGCUGCACACUGUGGCCCGCUACAAGUUUUACCUGGCCUUCGAGAACUCACAGCAUGUGGAUUACAUCACUGAGAAGCUGUGGCGGAAUGCCUUCCUGGCCGGGGCCGUGCCAGUGGUGCUAGGUCCUGACCGGGCCAACUAUGAGCGCUUCGUGCCUCGUGGCUCCUUCAUCCACGUGGAUGACUUCCCUAGUGCUGCCUCCCUGGCUGCCUACCUGCUCUUUCUUGACCGAAACCUGGCUGUCUAUCGCCGCUACUUCCACUGGCGUCGGAGCUAUGCGGUGCACAUUACCUCUUUCUGGGAUGAGCCAUGGUGCCGGGCAUGCCAAGCUGUGCAGAUCUCUGGGGACCAGCCCAAGAGCAUCCACAACCUGGCAGGCUGGUUCGAGCGCUGAGGCCACUGUCCUGUGAACUGACUGCCUCGCCUUGGCUGAGUUUUCUAAAUACCCAAUUUUGCUUGAUGGGAAAAAGAUGAAUUACCAACUAAUAUUAUUUAGCACAAGGAUGGGAUGGGGAAAUUCCCAGGUCCUUGUGACUUUUUACGGAGAGCUGAGCUGGUUCUCUGUUAAGGGGCAGUGGUGUCCUGGGCGAGGAAACAGGCCUUUCCUUACCUACCACGCAUGUGAAGAAGUGGCUUUUCUUUCUGGCCACGGGCCUUAAUGGGGGUCCAUGUGGCCUCUAAAUCUUAGACAUAUUUGUUCUCUGACCCGUGGUUGCUUGGACCAAUGAGGAGCAGACUACUGUUUCUGAAAGCAGGUGGGUAUGAGAUAGUGGUUUUUUCUGUGAUGAUUGGAUUCCUCAAACUCUCCCAUCGUGGAAAAGAUAAGCCAUUGAUUUCCUUCACCAGUUAUGUGUGUCCCAGCCUGUGAGUAGAAACAAGAAGCAAGAUUAUCCUCAGCGGAAAAUCAAGAUGAAGAUAUGGGGCCACCUCACCUCUCACUAGAAACCUAUUCCUUAAAAGCUGCAUUUAAGCGACACCCCAAAUUCAGGGCCCUAAGGGAGUGCAGUAUUUAAUGGAAAUAAAUGGGAAGUCCCUUUAUAAUGUGAAUGAUCAUCUAAUUGUUUCUGAUGUCUAUUUUCCUGUAACCUGGAUUAAGAAAACAUUGAAAAUACAGAUAUGAAAAAGCACACACAAUCUUCUGGUCCUUUUCCUAACCAGUGUUUACAAAGGGAGAGACAUAAACGACGUCAUGUCCACGUGAUUCCUCGUGUCUCUGGGGCCUGAGAUUUAAACUGGAGCGUUAGCCCUUCAGCGGUGUUGGCACUGCUGUGCAGAGAGAACAGUGAAAGAGACUUUGGUGAACUAUGGGU